ACAAAAAUUCAAUUCAUAAACAAACAUUCAUUUCCUCUGAUAUAUCAUAUAUCCCCCCCCCUCUCUAUCUCUAUCUCUCUCUCUCUCUCUACUCGAUUCCUGAUUCGAUUCUUGGAAACAAGAAGCUGAAACUGUUCUUGGCUUUCGAUCUUGGACCAUUAGGGUUUGGUUAUGUGCGGUUUCGUACAAUCUUGUCACUACAGGAUAGCCAUUAGAGAGAAGAGUCGCAGAUCUUGAUCGUCAUAAAUGGCGGAACAGCAGCGGAGAUUCGCUAUAGGAUACGCUUUAGCGCCCAAGAAGCGAGAGAGCUUCAUUCAGGUCUCUCUGGUGAGCCUUGCUCAAGAGCGCGGCAUCGAUCUCAUUCGGAUCGACACCGACAAGCCCCUGGUGGAUCAGGGUCCCUUCGAUUGCGUUCUCCACAAGUUAUACGGCGACGAUUGGAAGAAGCAGCUGCAGGAGUUCUCCCUCAAGAACCCUAAUGCGCGCAUCUUGGAUCCCCCGGCGGCGAUCGAGCGUCUGCACAACCGGAUUUCGAUGCUCCAGGUGGUGUCGGAGCUCAAGGUUGAGAGCCACAACAAUACUUUUGGGAUUCCCAAGCAGAUUGUGAUUUACGAUUACGAGACUCUCGGAGAGCUGCAGGCGUGGGAGCCACUCAAAUUUCCGGUGAUUGCGAAGCCCUUGGUGGCCGACGGCAGCGCCAAAUCUCACAAAAUGUCUCUGGUGUUUAAUCAGGAUGGGUUAAAGAAGCUGGGGCCGCCGAUUGUAUUGCAGGAGUUUGUGAAUCACGGUGGAGUUAUCUUUAAGGUGUAUGUGGUUGGGGAGUAUGUGAAAUGCGUGAAACGGAAGUCGCUGCCGGACGUUUCAGAGGAGAAACUGAACAGUUUGGAGGGGUCCUUGUCUUUUUCGCAGGUUUCCAAUAUAACUACGCGUGAAAGAAACGACGACAAGUACUACAAGAUGAUGCAUUUGGAGGAUACGGAGAUGCCGCCACAGAGUUUCAUUACCGAUAUUGCAAGGGGAUUGCGGCGCGCAAUGAAGUUAAAUCUUUUUAAUUUUGAUGUGAUUCGGGACAAUAGGAUUGGGAAUCGGUACCUUGUUAUUGAUAUUAACUAUUUUCCGGGGUACGCCAAGAUGCCAUCAUAUGAGACAGUCUUGACGGAUUUCUUUUGGGAUAUAGUGAAUCAGAAAGAAAGAGAUGCUUCAGUGACGAGUUUGAAGAAGGAUGGUGAAUCUGAAACGGGUUCUGACAGAAGACCAAUUCCAAUGCGUAGUUGCGAUAAAGAUUCGAGGAAGUAUGGGAGCGAUGAUUGUUGCAGUGAUGGGGAAGACAAGGAGAACACCAUUUCUUCUUAGGUUCGUUUCUUGGUAGAAUUGGGUUAGCAGGUCUUGUUCAAGUGUAGAGAGAUCGUUCGGCUGAUUUUGAACUGAAGUAAGCAACGCAUUUCUUUUAGAUGGAUAGAGUCGGUACAGUGAUGAAUAAGUAGGUAGUUGGCUUCAGUUUCUGCCUAUUGACAGCAUGACAUGGUGUCCGGUUAUGAUCAUGUAUAUUCCCGAAGAUAGGCUGUGGAACAGAGAGGUGCUCUUGAGAAGGAAGAGAGGAAAGCGAACAGAAGGGAAAAAGAAGAAUGUUUUUAUUUUUAUAAUCAAUCUGUCUGUAUAUGCUUCUAAAACACGCCAACAGAUAUUGGGUAUAUGUAGCACAUAGGUGUAGUCUGGUAUGAUUUAGGUUCAUUAUUCAUGGCUUUUGAGUACUUUGUCUUGAACAGUCGUCUGUAGAAUUCAUGUAUCCUUUGUCAUGUAAAUGGUAUGAAUUACACCAAUUUAGUAGGUA